AUAAAUACCCUUCUGCUAACAGUUUCCUCAGGAAAUUCUCAACGAGCUCCAACCAAGUCGCUCUAAGCACUGCAUCGUCUUUCUCACACUCACUUUAACCCCCUAUAUUCCUUCACUUUCCAGAGAAAAUGUUCCGGGGGAUGGGAAAAUGCAACAGCAUCCGCCGCAUUGUCAGGAUCCGACAGAUGCUCCAGGGCUGGCGCGAGAAGUCGCUCAUCACGGCCUCACGUGCGCCGUCCGAUGUUCCGGCUGGACACGUGGCGGUCUGCGUGGGGAGCAGCUGCAAGAGAUUCAUCGUACGCGCGACGCACCUGAACCACCCGAUCUUUAAGAGGCUUCUCGUGCAGGCAGAGGAGGAGUACGGGUUCUCGAACCAAGGCCCUCUAGCGAUCCCGUGCGACGAGUCGCUCUUCGAGGAGGUCAUCCGAGUCGUGUCUAGUAACUCAUCCCGGUCCUCGAGUCUGGAAGACUUUCAGAGGUGCUGCCACGUGGAAAUCCGGAGCCAUCUUAACUUCUUGGGUGAAUCCAGGCCGUUGCUUUGCGCGCCUUCUGAAAAAUCAAUCUGCUGAAAUAAAUAUCAACUGAUAUUAGAAUUUAUUAAUAGUAUAAAUUAUUUAGUUGGGUUA